AUGUUUGUGUCGUACACUCAUAUCAACGUUGGAGUGAAGGGCCAGAAGAAUAACAUUGGAUUCAUUCAACUGAAUCGACCGAAAGCUCUGAACGCCUUAUGCGAUGGACUCAUGAGUGAAGUGUCGAAAGCCAUCGACGAGUUCGAGGCCGACAAAGACAUCGCUGCCAUCGUUUUGACCGGAAAUGAGAAGGCAUUCGCCGCCGGCGCCGACAUCAAGGAAAUGGUGGACAACACGUUCGCGCAGUGUUUCGCCGGCAACUUCCUGUCCCAUUGGGAUCGAGUCGCGCGAUCUGUGAAGCCUACCAUCGCCGCCGUCAAUGGAUACGCCUUGGGCGGCGGCUGCGAGUUGGCCCUCAUGUGUGAUAUCGUAUACGCCGGCGACAACGCAAAAUUUGGUCAGCCGGAGAUACUCAUCGGUGCCAUCCCUGCAUUUGCUAUCAUUUGA